AUGGAACAUAAAUAUUUCGUCCAUGAGAAUCAUACAGAUUUAGCUACACCUACAAGGGGACUUGAUAUAUCUAGACAUUUUAACUAUCUUAACGAGGAAGCGAAGAGGGGAUGGACUGCCUCAAGAUGUCAGCGCCUACUACGCAUCAUAACUUCGCGGAUAGCAAUUCUUCGAAAAGAAACAGAAUCUUGCUCUACUUACACCGUCAUCGGAAAGAAACCAAAAGAAAUAUCAUACGGAUCAAAGGCCUCGCAAGAUCUACUGAACAAAAAAGAUGCGGACUGGACGAAAAAGAAAAAGAAGCUGAGACGAACAUACGGUAGGUCAAUGAAAGACACAAAACAGUGCACAGCCAAUUCAAAGAUACAUUUAACCACCAACACCCAAAAAUUACAACUCCCUGGAGAAGUAGCAAUACCCACACCUAUUCUUACAAGAGCAAGAGGAGAGCAACAGAUAUAUGUUAACGUGCAUCCUAAAUUAUGCAACAAUGAUAUUGAGCCUGUAAAACAACUAGAUUAUACAAAAAGCAAUAAGCUUGAGUCAGUAAAAAAAGUAUGUAGAAGUGAGGUUGUAUAUUCAACAAAGGUACUAGCUGGUAUCCGCCAAAAUUCUAGUGCUACUCAAAAUGGUAUCUUCAAUGGAAUAUAUAACGGUUUAGAAGGGCUACUGCAUGCAACUUCGCCUACCAUCACACAGACUCAAAGAAAAGGAACUACAUCAUUGAUGGAAACUACACUAAAGUCAAUACCGAGAUACAUAACACAACAGCAAGGCAAACAAAACAAUGUUGCACAUCCAAAAGUUAAAACAGCAUCUAUCGAUCACCAAAUUAUUUCACAUGAAGUAUAUAAUGAGUUGGAGAGUUAUGGCUCACAUGGGAACGGAUGGAAGUGGCUAAGAAACGUUGUCCGGGCACACGGGGUACACCUCAUAUGCGAGGCUACACGAGAAGGCUUGUUCAGAUCUGAGUAUUGUGGGGUCCUUAUUUCGCUCUGCAUGAAGAUGGAAGCCAUAGAAGAAGGUCAAGCUAUACUAUCUUCUCAUGUUCGAUCUACUGCUCACUCCCGACCCAAAUCUACCUAUGAGGUAACCAGCAAACCUAUUUCCUUGCUAUUAAAUCUCUCGCAAUAUACUAGCCAUUCUUCAUUUGCUUACAGGGAAUUAUUGUAUUUGAUAUCCGAAGACAUUCUCCCAAUUGAGUGGCUUGCUACAAAGGAGUUUGGGCCAACCUGGAUAGGUUUAUUUCACUCACUAGCGGCAGAGUCUGGAAUUCAGCACGACGCAUUUAAAUUGUUUGAAAAGUCUCUUACUCUUCUAUUAAAUUAUCCCGCCCGCAAGGAAUCAUAUCGAAGAACUCCAAUCAAGGAAACAGGCAUCUCAUGCACAAGUAAUAAACUUGGAGACGCUGUCAAAAACUUAUUUACUAGUCUUUUAAUAUUUCUACUCACAGUCAAGCUAUUAGAGUUAAAUCCCGAUGCAACACUGGGAAAACAAGAUCAAACACAAGCACAAGACGGUUUUGAUAUUGUUAUUUCUUCACUAAUGGGCUGUUUACCAUACAAGUCUACUGAUGACGAAGUUACCGAAAACUAUUACUUUCUUCUUACUUCUUACCUAAUCAUAUGCGGGAACCACAAUCAACCUAGAUUAGAUGAACAAAUAAAGGACAAUUUAUCCAAAUUUAUUACACAGCCGAAUCGCUCAUCGCUCAUGUGUGAGCGAAUAGCAGUCUUUAUUUGCCAUGUAGCUCGAUGCUGUGGUCGUGGUACAACAGGCCUCGGAUUUGACCAUCUUCAGCUGAUCCAUAAUCGACUACAAAAUUUCGUGUCUAGUAGUAGAGAUUAUGAUUUUCUAAAAGAUAUUGCUUUAGAAAGCGCAUUACUAUUUGCGCAAGAAGUUCCAGUUCACCAACAUAUUGAAUAUGCCAAUGACAUGAAUGCAUCCCACUGCUCUGGGCCACAAGAUAUUGAAAUUAUCCCGACUUCAGUAAAAAUUGGUGCAGCUAAGAAAAAAACGAAUAAAUUUAGAUGGGAAGAAGGGAUCGGUGAAUGGGUGGCUAAAACACCUGCAGUCAACAACCUGAAGAGGAAUUAUCUAGAGAUGAUAGACGAGCUAAAUUAUCGGACCCCAUUACGAACACCGCCAUUACAGUCCGAAACCUUACUAAACCCUCGCUCUAGAGUAAUUGAAUCCAUAUUUCAAAAUAGCAUGCCUGAAACAAUGUCGAAGCUGAACAUUCAACCCUCUAAUUUUCAGAUUCCAACUCAAUUACCCUCUAUCCAAUUUUCAACUAAACCUAUCUCUUUGCCCGAAUCCCCAAGUAUCAACCAGGAAAUUCAGACUUUGCCCCACUUAUCAAUCGGAAAGGGGGAUGGAAAACUAGCAACCCGCUCUUAUCUCAACUUAAUUAAAAAAUCUAAGAACGUACUGGGUAAUUCUCCGGAAAGUCUCUCAUAUAAGAAUGAAGUAAGAUUCAAUGGUAAUGAGCAGCUCUUAUUCAAAAAAAGGCUGCUUGACACUCCCUGUAGUUCAAUGACUAAUAAGUCACUUAAUUCACCUACAUGUCUCCGUAAUCACUCUUUCCAAUGUAUACAUGGCUGUCUAGUCUGCUUAGGAAAGUCUAUUCUUCAAAAAACUGACGAGGACGAUAACUUACUGCCUCGGCCCAAUAAAAUCUUCGAAUUGAAUAGAAAUUCUGUUGAAGACAAGUUUGCUUGCACCAAUCAAGCCAAUGAAAUAAGGCAGAACCAGUUAUGUAACGAAGAUGAAGAUGAACUUAGCCAACAGUCUGUUAAAUACUCAUCUAGAACACAAGUCCAUUUAGAUCCUUCCCACAUAGUAAACAAAAAAAGAAUUCAGCCGAAAUCUAGUGCAAAUUUAGCCUCUAGAUUAAAACUAAGGUCUAAACCUAACAACAAAAAUCAAGUCGGCUGUAAAGCCAGGCACAACACUAAAACAAAUUUUAAUAUAAAUAUUUCAAGAAAAAGAUCGGCAAGACAAAAUUCAUCCAAACUUCAAAACAAUUACGGCUAUGAUGAAAGCGAAGAUGAGUUAUGCAUUUGA